GUCGCGAGAUGAUAUACGCUGAUUCAUCCAAGUAUGGGACCGUCGAGUUGGGGAGCGCAAAAGGCGAGCAGCUACGUAAUCCAUGGUUCCGGCCGGAAAUCAAAACUAAGCUGCGUGAUAGUGCACUCCGAUCGAGUUCCGAUGGCGCGCGGAAGGCGGGAGUUUUGAUGUCGGGAUUCGUCUGACAGCGUGUGGGUCGGAAAAGACCGAGUAUGACGUCCCUUUUCUGUUCCGCCAGCCGCCUAAUCCUCUUCGACCCCCCUCCCCUCCCUCCACGCCCUCUCCCACCGUUCCAACCCCCGUUCCACCUCCGGCGGAUAUCUAAACCGCUCAUCCUCCAACACAACCGGAUAAUUAUAAUCCCCAUACGGCAACAACCUACUCUGCUCAUACUGCCGUUCCAAUUGCGCAUCCUCUGCCGGAUCUAUGAAUUCCAAGUCGGUGUAUUGGGAGGAGGAGGUGGAAUCCGCCGAAAUGUCCGAGUCAGUGUCGGAAAUAUAUUGUUGAUUAUCGUCGGCGUCGAUGGAGAUCUUGGAUUGAGAGGGUGUCGCAAAUGCGCCGUAGCCUCCCCCACCUGCAGCAGUAGUGCUCGCACCCCCACUGCCUCUCCCUCCCGCUCGCGCCUUUUUCUUCGAGUACGUAACGAGCGGGUCAACCUCCAACCCCAGCUCAUCCCCGCCCUCUCUCUGCUCAUUUCUCCGCCGUUGUUGUCGUCUGUUCUGCGCACGAGUCCUUCGAAACGUGGUGCCCUUGAACGUAUGAUAUGUAUCCUGUAUGAUAUCUUGGAUGCCGAGGGUGUCCCGGAGGGCGUAGUAGAGGGGGAUGCGGGAGGAUAAUCUGAGAAUAAUCAUUGGGUUAUGAUCGGGUCCCAGGUGAAGGGGAAAUGAUUGAGGGGAAAUAUGUGAUGUACCGUUCGUCGUUGUAAUCCGUCCAUGGAAAGGCGUACCAGUGCAAAGCGGCGAGGAAGGGCAUUUCGAGGCAGACGAGACAGUCUUGGAGGAGCUGAGCGAGGCGGCUUACGGUGUAUUCUUCGGCUGUGUGGGGGAAGGGAGAAUCGGGAUCUUGAUAAUAAGUAGGGGAUCAAGGGAGGAGUAGUGCAAAGACACGCCCUUACAAUCGUGAAUCCAGCCUGCCCAGACCAGGAACGCAAUUCCAAGACCCUGGUAGAAGGUCAGGAAGACGAUGGAUUUUACGCAGAUGAAUUUAGGCAUUGGUCUGCAGAGGAG